GUGCGGGGCAGGCAGAGAGCUGGGGGCCAGCGGCCGGAGUUUAUCCCAGUGUCGGGAACUCGGAGCUGACAUCGUUGGGUAAUGAAUGCUCUCGGGGCAUGUGUUUCACACUCGGAUGAAAAGGUGCCUGGGUGAGGUCCAAGCAGAAUGGAUCUGGAUGAAUUUCCACCACCACCACCUGAAGUCCUGGAAAAUGAACUUCCAUACACUGAUGAUGAUGAUCAGGAGGAGGGAAAAGCCUUUGAUUUUGACAGCGAUGAGGUUCCAGAAGCUGACAGCGAGCCUGUCUUGGAAUUUAUACCCACAGUCCUAAAUGCCCAAGGUCAGGGCAGGGUCCCGGACUGCACAACAGAAGAAAUGGCUGUUGAGGCUUCACCUGAGAACAGUGGGUACUAUGAAAUAUCAGAAACCAACAACGUGAACCCACAUACAGAUGAUGCAGCCCAAAACACAGAGGCAAACGCAGAAGAGAGCGACACGGCUGCGAGACUGACAAAUGCAGCGGAACAGACCACAGCCGACACGACACUUACAAAAGUGAAUCCAUAUUCAGUGAUAGACAUCACUCCACUCCAAGAGGAAGAACAAGUCACACUGUCAGGAGCUGAGCAAGGGCACCAGGAUGAGAAGGCGAUGGGCCACGUGCAGUCCCCUGGAUAUAGUGUACCGGUUCCCUGCGGUUACGCUGUCCCAUCCAACGUACCAGUCCUCGUACCUACAUACUCCGCACCUGUCACUUUGAUACGAAAUGUUUCUGUUGAUGAGGAAGGAUUGCAAAGUGAUGAAUAUCAAUACAGUCCCACUCCAUCAAAUAGCCAACAGGCUGGUGAAGAUUACCUGGCCUUUGAAACAGGCAACGUCUUCAGCAAAUGGGCUUCAGACCCUGCUAACACAGCGUGGUUAGACGGUCAGGAUGAGGUGAUAUACGAUGACGUUCCCAGAGAGAGCUCGGAUGCGUCUGCAACAGACCCAGAGGAACUGCUCUAUGAUGAUGUGGAACGUGGAGAUGAGGCAGCAACUAGUUCUCUAGAUUAUGGCUGGAGCUCCAGUGAGUUUGAGAGUUACGAUGACCAGAGUGAUGGAGAGGCGAAAGUGGAAAAUGGAAUUCCCAAUUCAUUUCUUCAAGGCAAAUCUCACAAGAAUAAGAUCCACCAGCUGCCCCAGGACCUGAGUCGACUGAAGGAGCAUUAUGAGAAGAAGAUGAAGGAACUGGCCAACGCUGUUGGAAGUGUGGAACUGCAGCAGCUGAAACAGAAACAGGAACGCAAGGUACAGAUGCAGCAGCUGAUGAAAGCAGCAAAGGAGGGAACCAAAGACGGGAUUGAGAAGACCAAAGCUGCUGUGCUGAAGAGAGGCCGCUCAUUUAUCCGGCACAGGUACCAAGAUCAGCGGUCAGGGUGCUUAUGUGAUGAGGAACAGAACCUCUUUAUUGAUGUGGACUGCAGGCACCCAGAGCCAGAAAUGACACCGAUGCCAGAAGGACUGACUCAGCAGCAGGUGAUCCGGAGAUACAUUCUUGGAUCCAUUGUAGAGAGUGAGAAGAAUUACGUGGAUGCAUUGAAGCGAAUUCUAGAGCAAUAUAUGAAACCUCUUUCAGAAAUGGAUCCAAAACUAAUCAGCGAACGGAAACUCAAAAUGGUAUUUUACCGAAUCAAAGAGAUUCUUCAGUGCCAUUCCCUGUUCCAGAUCGCCCUAGCCAGUCGGGUGACCGAGUGGGACGCGGUUGAGAUGAUUGGAGAUGUCUUUGUUGCCUCAUUUUCCAAGUCGAUGGUACUCGAUGCAUACAGUGAGUAUGUGAAUAACUUUAGCACUGCAAUGGCAAUUCUCAAGAAGGUCUGUGCCACCAAACCUGCCUUUCUGGAAUUCUUGAAAAACUGUCACGAGUCGAGCUCUGAUCGUAUAACACUGUAUGGAUUGAUGAUGAAGCCGAUCCAGCGGUUUCCACAGUUCAUCCUUCUGCUCCAGGACAUGUUGAGGAACACUCCGAAGGGACAUCCUGACAGGCUCCCACUCCAGAUGGCUCUGACUGAGCUGGAAACGCUGGCAGAGAAACUGAAUGAGGAGAAACGAGAGGCAGAUCAGCGCUGUGAAAUGAAGCAGAUUGCCAAAGCAAUGAAUGAGCGCUACCUGAAUAAGCUUCUUCGCAGUGGGAACCGAUACCUCAUCCGGUCGGAUGAUAUGAUGGAAACAGUUUACAAUGAAAAGGGAGAAAUGGUGAAAACAAAGGAGCGUCGUCUGUUGAUGUUGAAUGAUGUUCUCAUGUGUGCCACAGUCAGUUCCCGACCACAGCAUGAUAGCAGUGGGGCAGUGUCUUCGGGAUUGAGGUACUUACUGAAGUGGAGCGUCCCGCUGAAGCAGGUCGAAGUGGUCGAGUUCAGGAACAGUGAGGAUCUGGCAGAGAAGAAUCGGUUUGUGCCACCACACCCUGGAGAAAAGAUUAUAAUUAGCACAAAGCCAAAUAAGCUGUACAUGGGACCAUGCCAACUGUAUCAGGACCUGGAGAACCUCAUGCAUGACUUAAGUGUGGUUGGCCAGAUUUCACAGCUGGUUGCUACUUUGAAAGGAAAUUAUCAGAAUUUAAAUCUGAUUGUGAGCCAAGACUGGACGGCAGGUCUCCAGAAACUAAUAUAUAAAAAGGAAGAAGAAAUUAGAGCUGCAGAUCGCUGCAGAAUUCAGCUUCAGUUGCCUGGAAAACCUGACAAUGAGGAAAUCCAGCGCCAUCGGCUGGGAGCCCUGGGGCACAAAUCCUGUGAAGCUUUAAACUCUUCAAAGGCGAUGUAUGGGAAACUCUCAUUCUUCACGGCAGUGUUCAACACAUUCACUCCAGCAAAUAAACUCUCCUGGACGAGCAGCUUACAGAUGGCCAAACUGGCCCUUGCUGAAGAGAAUCAGCUGGGCUGGCUGUGUGCGGAGGAUGAUGGCAAGGAGGUCAAACGGCAGAAGCACCCCCUUCUCAUCAGGCACAUGCCUGUGACAAUGUCAAAGCUUCAGGAGUUCAAGGUGGAAUGCGCUGUUCACAACCCAGAGUGCUGCAGUACACCAGAUGCACCAGACUCAUUCUCCAUGGAGCAUGGGUAUCUGUGGAUUGGAAGCUGCACCAAUCAAAUGGGGCAGAUCACCAUCAUUGCUCUUCACAACUCCAACCCGAAGGUCAUCGAGUGUUUCAAUGUUGAGUCUCGUAUACUGGCCAUGGCAUAUGUACCGGAGGAGGAUAAACCUGGAGAUCCCAAGGGUACGAAUACAAAGAUGACUGAAGGUCCAACCAUCUGCCUUGGCACAGAGGAAGGCAGCAUCUCCGUGUACAAGAGCAACCAAGCAUCAAAGAAAGUGCGUCUUCAGCAUUUCUUUGCUCCUGACAAGUCAACGGUGGUGAGCCUGGUCUAUGGGUUUCGGUGCCUGUUUGCCGGACUCGUCAAUGGAAGCAUCUCCAUCUACACAAAGGCAGAAGAUGGUUCCUGGAACACUGACUCACCAAAGGUGCUGAAACUUGGUGACCUGCCUGUUAAGUCCAUCCUGGUUAUGGAAGACACGAUCUGGACGGCUUCUGGAGGGCAGGUUUUUAUCAUCAGUUCUCAUACACACACACUGCAGCAACAGUUUGUAGCUCAUCAGGAGGAAGGGAUGCUGAUCUCACACAUGGCCGUGGCGGGCGUUGGGGUUUGGAUUGCUUUCAGCUCUGGGUCGGCCCUCCGCUUGUUUCACACAGAGACACUCCAACACCUGCAGGACAUCAACAUUGCAGCUCCUGUUCAUAACUUCAUUCCAGGUCAACAACGAGCAACCGUCACCAGUCUGCUGGUGUGCCACGGUUUACUAAUGGUUGGCACUAACCUGGGUAUCAUUGUAGCUUUGCCUGUCCCCCGCCUGCAGGGAAUCCCAAAAGUUACAGGCCGGGGAAUGGUGUCCUAUCACGCACACUGCGGUCCGGUAAGAUUUCUCACCACAGCCACGGCCACCACCACCAUAACAAACAGAAACCCAUCACUCACAAGCCUGUCCUUAACACCGGAAGGGGAAAGUGAAGAUGGAUCUGGUUGUGAAGGGACAUCGGCAGAAGGCUUGAACCUGACCAACGGGAACCAAGGGGUUUGGCUUGGAGACUCAGCGGCUCAUCACGCCAGCCAGCCUUCAUCCACAGGUUCUCUGAGCUGUUCCCACCAAUCCAGCGCUCCGGAGCACGGACCUGAGGACACCGCACUCUACGGGCUCAUGAAUAACCCCAGUCUCUCCAGCAAAAGUAAGCGUGUCAACAGCGAGAGGUUGAAGAAGACAAAGAUGAGUUCUGUGUUGGUCAUCUCUGGUGGUCAGGGAGAUAAACGACUCAACAAGAAGUCCAAACAGCGGCAAGACGAGACGGGUUCCACUGUCAUGAUCUGGCAGAUCCCAUUGUUAAACAUGUGAAGUUAGUGCUGGGACUUAUUUGGUAAAAUUAUGUGAGAAAGGCAUAAGUUAUCUUCCAUUUUUAACCAGUGCUCAAGUCAUGUCAGGAUGACAAUCUGGCAGUGUUUGUACUGGUAAUACUCAAGUCUCCCUCAGCUCAGAAUUUGCCUUUCAAUAUAUUUUUAACAUGUUAGAGAGUUUCAGUAGCUUGGUUGCCAGUUAUUAAAAUACAGCUCCAUUGGAUAUUUCAAAACACCAGUUUAGUCCUGGAGAAGUUCAACUUGGAGCUGAUGUUGCCAAGGUCAUCUUCCUUCUGUGACAACGGAACAGGCUUCCUACUGAUGGGUGUGUUCAGGCCACUCAGGCACUGCAGGUCAAUUUCUUAAUGAAUCUUCUGGCACUUUUAAACUAACAAGAGGAAUCUGCCAACUAAAAUAUAACACCCUGAGAAUGAAGAUGAAAGCUCCUGCAAUCGGUGGAAGAAGUUGAAAUGUAGUUGAUGCAGUUGUCAAGAGUAAAUCAAACGGUUGCAAGGAUUAUAAUGCAAGUAAACUAUUAAAAUGUAUAUGUUUAUAAAAGAGUUGUUACAAAUUUAAAUCUGCUUGGAGCAGCUAAUUAAAAGAAAUUCCUUAUCUAAUACUCCUGACCAUGAGGGAAAAAUUACUCGAACGACGGAACAGACUCAAUAGACCAAAUGGCCUAAUUCUGCUCCUCUAUCUUAUAGUGUUAGAGUAAAACGUACACUUGCUUUGACAUUAAGUUACAUUACAAUCAUUAAGACACAAUGAUAGUAUCUGUACAUUUAACAAACAAUUAAUCAACAGAGAGAGAUCAGAUCCUCUUGCUAACAGCAGUUAUAUUUCCUACUUUUGUACAAACUAUCACAAAACGAUUAUAUAUAUUUUACAGUUAUUUUCAAGCAGUUUGAAACUUUUAUGUUUAAAAAUGGACAGUAUGCUAAUUGGCUUCCAAUUCUCUUUCAUGUUCUCGUGGGCAGUCAUAAAAUAAUAAGCUGGUGAAAAUGGUACACUUUAAUAGAAGUAAAAAGUGAAUUAUUUGGGUUUACACAGACACCGGUGAAUUGAAAAUAUUCCAAUCUAGAUCAUGCAACCUUAGAACACUUCUUCAUGAUAUCUCAAGCAUCAUAAAUAAGCUCGAGGCAUCAGAGUUUGAAGUUCAUUUCUGCUAUCCUCUGUAAGCAGAUUUUAUGUCCACCCAUGUGUGCAUAGGUUUUCGUGUGGUGCUCUGAUUUCCUGCCACAGUCCAAAGACAUACCUGUUGGUAGGUUAAUUGGUCAGUUUAAAUUGUCCUGUGAUUAGGCUAGGGUUAAAUUGGGGGUUGUUGGGCUUCACAACUCCUUGGGCCAGAAGGGCAAGUACCACACUGCAUCUCUAUAUCAAAUUAAAUUUUAAAAAAUCUCAUUCUGCCACUCUUUCAAUGUAAUGUCUGUUGAAUACUUGUAUUUAAUUCAACUUGCUGAUUAAGUAACUUGUUAGCUGAAAGAGAACCCAUUUAAAUUCUAAUCGUUACCAAGACUUGGGGGGAAGUGAAGUUAAGCCAACCUUUAUGAGGUUUGCAACAGUGAACAGGUUGUAAAUUUCCAGUGUGUGUUUCAUUUCUCAUUCCAAAUAUCUGGCAGUCACAGGCAUAUGUCGUGAAAUACGUUGUUUUGUGGAAGCAGUACGUUGCAAUAAAUAAUUUAAAAACUAUAAAUUACAAUAAGAAAUACAGACUGUAUAUAUAAAAAUAAGUGCAAAAAGAGUAUAAAUAAAUAAAUACUGUAGAUAGAUGAAUAGAUAGUGAUGUAGUGUAUAUGGGUUCAUUGUCCAUUCAGAAAUCUGACUGCAGUAUGUAAAAAGCCAUUCCUAAAACACUGAAUGUCUUUAGGCUCCUGUAUCUCCUUGAUCAUUGCAAUGAGAAGAAGUUAUGUCCUGGAUGAUGAGGGUCCUUAAUGACAGAUGCCGUCUGCUUGAGGCCUCACUUUUGAAGAUGUCCGUAAUACUGGGGAUGCUAGUGCCCAUGGUGGAGCUGGCGGAGUUUAAGACUUUCUGCAGCUUUUUCCAGUCCUCUGUAGUGGCCUCUCUGUACCAGAUGGUGAUGCAACCAGUUAAAAAGCUCUCCACAGCAGUUUUGUUUAAUGUUUCACACCAGUACAUUGUUGUUUUGUCUCACUAAUAUCAGUACUUCUGAUCUGCCAUUAUGGUCAGUAGCCCCCGGGAAGGUUGUUUGUUCAAUGCUGUGAUUACACUUCUGCAUUAGUUUGCAGUACAAUAUUGCAAAACUAAAUUUCCAUUCUGGAAAGCAUUCUUAAUUGUUCAAAUUGUAUUAAAAAUUCAGUAUGCUGUCAGUUUGCCUAUAUUUAUGUACUAAAGCACAAACUUGUACAAUUGAAUUUUAUUUUUAGCAUGUUCCAUUGGAUACAUUG